AUGCUGGCGCAUGAGGAUAGCUUUCUGUAUGCCUUGAGCUCCAACAACGCUUGGGCAAGCUAUAAGGCGCACCAAAAUCCAGAGUUCUUCCAUAAGCUCGCAAGUGGGCAGGCCCCUGAGAUCCUCUGGCUCGGCUGCUCGGACUCGCGCUGCCCCGAGACUACAAUCCUGGGACUGCAGCCCGGCGAUGUGUUCGUGCAUCGCAAUAUCGCCAACAUCGUCUCGCCGACCGACAUUAACACCUCAGCUGUGAUCGACUAUGCCGUCGGCCAUCUCAAGGUGAAGCACAUCGUGCUCUGCGGGCACACCAACUGCGGUGGUGCAAUGGCUGCCCUGAGCGACAAGCGCGUCGGUGGUGUGCUGGACACAUGGCUCCUGCCGCUCAAGACGGUGCGCCUUGCUCACCUCGAGGAGCUGAACGCCAUCGAGGACCUCAAGGCCCGGGCUGCCCGUAUUGCCGAGCUCAAUGUCGAGGCUGGCAUCAAGGUGUUGAUGUGCAACCCCGUCGUGCAGGAGGCGAUUAAGGAGCGUGGAAUGCAGGUGCACGGGUGCAUCUUUGAUCUCGCAAGCGGCAAGAUCCGCGAUCUUGGUAUCGGCACUGGCGGCAAGGUGGUGCUGGGUGCCCAUCAUGAUGAAGUCGUCAGGGGGAAGCAUGCGCAGUUAGUGUUCACCAAUGGGAACGCCGCCAUGGCAGUCAAGUCAUGA